AAGGAACAGCAACAAAAGGGGCAUCCGAUCAUCUGAUUCCACAUUUGUUUGGCCAGCGAGAAAGCGAGAGAGAAAAUGAGCGGCGCCGGGAAGAAAGUGGCCGAUGUGGCUUUCAAGGCCUCGAGGAACAUCGACUGGGAGGGCAUGGCCAAGCUCCUCGUCUCCGAUGAGGCUCGCAAAGAGUUCGCCUCUCUUCGUCGCGCCUUCGACGAGGUCAACACUACCCUCCAGACCAAGUUCAGCCAGGAGCCUGAACCCAUAGACUGGGAGUACUACAGGAAAGGAAUCGGGUCUCGGUUGGUGGAUAUGUACAAGGAGGCUUAUGACAGCGUUGAAAUCCCAAAGUAUGUAGACACAGUUACACCUCAGUACAAGCCUAAGUUUGAUCAAUUGUUGGUGGAACUAAAGGAAGCCGAGGAGAAAUCUUUAAAGGAGUCGGAGCGUUUGGAGAAAGAGAUAGUUGAAGUGCAAGAGUUGAAGAAAAAGAUAAGCACAAUGACCGCAGAUGAGUACUUUGAGAAGCAUCCCGAGCUGAAGAAGAAAUUCGAUGAUGAAAUCCGAAAUGACUACUGGGGCUAUUGAUGACAUCCAAGGUUUCACUAUUUGGCAAUAUUUCUGGAACGGUCGCGUCGUGUUUCCCCCUUCUGUUUAAUAAUGAGGAUAACCAAAAUGAUUUUCUUUGUAAUCUGGUUACUUUCGGUUUGAAGAAUUUGAGCUUCAAUAGAACCCCGUCAAGAGGGCUUGUUUUCCAGUAGGCGAAUGCAUCUCGUUACAUUUACAUAAUGGCAGUAUCCAGAAUUGUGGAAUGCUUUCUGUUACAUUCAGAGCUUUGUUUAUAUAUUCAAUGUUUCUCCA